GUGCGUGGUAAAUUCCUCCGCAAACAUGGAUUUUCUGUCCGUGGCGGUAAUCACUACCUAUAUCCAGAAGAAGCUGCUUACUUGGCGGAGUCUGGUUGCCUUAAUGUUUACGAUCGGGGACUACCAUUGAGCUUACAGCAGCUAACGAACGCGCUUUUUCAAGAUGCUUACACCUAUGCCUGUUACACAACCUACGUCAGACUUGUACGACAGGGAUUCGUAUUAAGAAGACGUGACCCGAUGGAUCUCGAAUCCGAUGGUACGGACGAGCUUUUCACAAGAAAGACAAUCAAGGUGGAACUGGACAGUUCCGUAUCCACAAAGGCCUCGAAGUAUGCAAAAGCAUGCGAAACGGAUGAAAUGUUCGCCACGGCGUCCCCCUCCGACUUAAAACCUGUUGGACCGAAUCGAUUGAAUGAAUGGAUUAGACCCAAGACGUCAACCGAAGGUGGAGCAACGCAACCACCCAUUUUGUUCAAUGUUUUCGAUGAUCGGAAUAGUGAUCGAACUAAACAGUUUAGGAAGCGUGGGGCUAGGGAGCCAGACUUCGUGCUCGUUGUUGUAUUGUUGGGAGACGACGCAGACUUCCGAAUUAAUGGUCGUAUUUUAAGCGACUUUGGACUUAGGCAAGAAACGAAGAUAUUACUAGCGACAGUUGAUAACGGAGACGUUUAUUUUCAGUGUGUGGAAGUAUUUUCUGUUCCAUGUAUAAAGUAUCUUUGA